AUGGAAACAGGAAGUGCAUAUCUACUUACUGGCUGUGUACUUCAACUCCCUUUGGCGUUGCUAUACAAGUUCUUCACUCCAAAAUGGGUCUUUAUUUCCAUGUUAAUUGUCUUUGAAAUCGGUUCUGCAGUUUGUGGGGGUGCACAGAAUUCCGUCAGCAUCAUUGUCGGUCGCGCAAUCCAAGGACUAGGCGGUGCAGGUAUCUUCUCCGGUUCCAUGGUCCUUAUCGUCGAAGCAGUACCCUUGGCUAAACGACCCAUGUACAUGGGAUUUGGUGGCGCAACGUUUGGACUUUCAGCUGUUCUUGGGCCUCUCGUGGGAGGAGCUUUGACAUCAAAUGCGUCAUGGAGGUGGUGUUUCCUUAUCAACCUGCCUAUCGGCGGUAUGGUACUCCUGGUGCUGCUCUGGUUCUUCCCAAAUACGCACACUAUAGACGAACAAAGUGGUCCCCAGAAAGAGAAUUGCGUGCAAAACUCGAUACAGGACAAACUCCUCGAUCUGGACCCUAUGGGUAUCAUUUUCCUUGUUCCAGGGAUGGUAUCUCUCAUGCUUGCACUUCAAUGGGGUGGAUCUGUCUAUACCUGGAGUAAUGGCCGGAUCAUUGCCCUCUUUGUUGUGGCCGGAAUUUUGUCCGUAUCCUUUAUCUUGAACGAAAUAUACCAGCGAGAGCGAGCCAUGCUGAAAAUGAGCGUAUUCACCCAACGCACCGUGGUCGGGAGCUUCUUUUAUUCUUUUUGCGUUGGCGGCUCAAUGAUGACAAUCGUUUACUACCUACCGAUAUGGUUUCAAGCAAUCAAGGGGGCCAGUGCUGUCAAAUCGGGAGAGAUGAAUAUACCCCUUUUGCUAUCACUCAUGAUUGGCACCUUACUUGCUGGCAUGCUUGUAUCCAAGGUUGUUAGAUACGCUGCGCCUUUUAUGAUUGCUGGUGCUAUAAUCAUGACGAUUGGAGCGGGGUUAUUUAGCACUUUUGGCAUAAGUACAAGCCAUGGUAAAUGGAUUGGAUACCAGGUUGUGUAUGGAUUCGGCUUGGGACUCGGGAUGCAACAAGGUGCAGCCGCUAUUCAAGCAGUGAUACCAAAGCACGACACCCCACAAGCUAUUUCGUUCUUGUUCUUUGGCCAACAGCUUGGUGGUGCGAUAAUGCUAUGUAUAGGUGAAAACCUACUCAAUUCCUCUUUAGUGAGAAAUAUUCGGACAUUGCUGCCAAAUAUUGACCCAGGCCACAUCUCCAAUUCAGGGGCCACUGAUUUCCGCAACACUGUAUCUGGGCCAGAUAUGAUAAAGCUGCUCCAGGCGUAUAAUUGUGCGCUCAGGCAUGUUUUUUUCCUUGCAAUUGCCGUCUCAGGUCUGGCUCUUGCAGGCGCUUUUCCGGUUGAAUGGAAGAAUUUAAUCAAGGUCGAGAACGAGCAGAGUGCGGAAAAUGAUAGGCUUUCUCGUGCUAUGAAAGAGUAA